AUGGCAACAAAGAGAUUUUCAUCAGCAAUCUGGGCAAAAGGCUUGCAGAAUGUUUAUGACGCAAGUGAAGUUGCCAAAAUGCUGAGAUACAACAACGAUGGCAGCAACAGAUGGAAUCAAGAUGGCGAAUACCUUAUCCACAGAGGGAUCUCGGCAGAUGAUAACAGAUUGUUGGCCGUGUUUGAUGGACAAAAAGAGCAGCGUCUCGACUUAGGUAUACCUGGCCUUACUGGAUCCACCACCGUCCCAGAUGGAUUCAUGUCUACCAUACCUGGAACAGCCGGAAAUGAAAAGCUCGAAAAUACAAACUACAUGCACACUGGGAUCCGUGGGGAGAGUGCGCAACUAUGGUAUCUCAUAGCGUUCAUGGUUAGAGCCUUUGACUCGCCUUGGAUAUCAUUUGUGAUUGAAUGA